CAGAACGGGUAUGACGUGGGUCUGUGUGUUGUGUCGUCAUCGGCGGAGACGCGCAGCGCGGCCCCGUGAGAGCGCGCGCUCCGUGAUGGAUCAGAUCAGCGCAGCGGGCGUCACUUAUAAUCAGGAUAUAACACACAAGACCAUCCUGGUGGGAGACAGUGGAGUGGGAAAGACGUCUCUGCUGGUUCAGUUUGAUCAAGGCAAAUUUAUCCCUGGAUCUUUUUCUGCGACGGUGGGGAUCGGAUUCACGAAUAAAGUCCUCACAGUGGAUGAGCAGAAGGUGAGAUUACAGAUCUGGGAUACGGCAGGACAGGAGAGGUUUCGGAGCGUUACACACGCGUACUACAGAGACGCUCAGGCGCUUCUCCUGCUCUAUGACAUCACCAGCAGAUCCUCCUUCGACAACACACGGGCGUGGCUUACUGAGAUCCAUGAAUAUGCUCAGGAUGAUGUGGUCAUCAUGUUGCUUGGCAACAAGUCAGACAUGGCCAGCGCUCGAGCCAUCAGACGAGAGGAGGGAGAGAAACUGGCCAGAGAGUAUGGAGUCAUUUUCCUGGAGACCAGUGCCAAAACCGGACUCAACGUGGACGAGGCCUUUAUGACGGUGGCAAAAGAGCUGGUGAGACGCUCGGUCCAGCUGCCCAUCGAGCCCAGAUUUCACCUUCAGGACGUGAUGGAGCCGGAGAAAGAGUCUUCCAGCUGCUGCGGCUUCAGCUAGACACUAGAAGACCAGAAACACUCCUGUCUCAACCAGCAGAUGGAGCUGUGUGCACCUCAUGUUCAGGGUUGACUUUAUUUUGUUUUUGUUUAGGGACAAAUAUUCUUGGACAAAGUUCUCAUCUUGCCCACUGAUUUAUAUUCGUCUUUUUAUAGA